AUGAGCCAAUCUAAAAACGAGCCCCCUUCCUGCUCGCAGGAAGAGUUCGUUGACCAACCUCCGCUAAACCCGAGCGAACAAUUCAAAUGUGAGACAAAGAAUAACGAGCCAAGCGAAGAGGACACAUGCGCGGGACGUCAGAAAGCAUUUCCACUUAGCAUCACUCUAUCCUAUGUGAAAGACUGGGACACAACGGAUGCAUUCCGAGAGCUGUAUCAGAAUUGGAAGGACGCUAUCUUGGAACAGUUUGACGUAGAUCGUCUAGCAUUUCAGCCACUUUACGAGGACAGAGAAGAUUGCGUUUCUAUCAUCGUGCCAGAUGUUUCAAAUCGACAGGAGCGCUGUCGAGCCCUAGGAUUCAUCCGAUACGACAAAAAGACUGGCCGAACGAUUCUAGUCAACCCUUGUGCACAACUGAAGCCUGAGGCUCUGGAACUUGGGCAUUCUUCGAAACGAGAAAACCCCAAUCUGAUAGGCUGUCAUGGCGAGGGUCUCAAACUGGCUGCUCUAGUCAUGUCACGCAAUGGCUAUAGAGUAAAGAUCGCUACAGCCAAUAGCCAUUGGAGCUUUUCUUUUGUUGGUUCUAGGUUCCGUUGCAUGAUUAAGCCAUCAAAGAUGGUGGAGUCUGGCCCUGAAACCGAUCCUACGGAGGAUAUGGCUCGAAUGCACUCUCAUAUUGAGAGGGAUGUCGUGGUCAUGGUUGAACCCGCAAAGGGUAAGCACGGCAAGAAAAUUUCGCUUGCAGAUUUUCAGACAUGGGUGGAAGUGACACUUGAUAUUCGUGGAAUCUCCUAUCCGUCUCAAGUUAUCGAAACCGAUGUUGGAGAUUUGAUUCUUGAUCCCCACUUUUGUGGCAGAAUCUAUCUACAAGGUAUGCUGCUGCCAGCCACAUCUUCCAGGCUCAAGCCAUACAAGCUUGGUUACAACUUCACUCAGGGAAGGGUGAACCGAGAUAGGCAAAUCCUGGUUGAUAAGCACGAGGAAGCCAACGCUGUGAGACAGAUUUGGGAGUCUGCAAUCCAGAAGAACGAGAAAGUCGUGCUUCCGGUCUAUGUCGACUUUCUGCGGAACUUUCCUGAAGCGCCGGAUGUUGAAUCCGCAGACGUUCUGUUGGGAGACGCUACAAAAACCCUUAUUUGGAGACGCCUAUUGUGCGAUACAGGAGGUAAACAGUUCUAUUAUAGCGAAAAGUCCCCUUCCCAGGUCAGUGCAACUAAUCAUUCCAUGAUUUUAUUUACCUUCCUCUAA